AAUCUAAAACAUAAUGGGCUUCAUACCGACAUCGACCACAGCUUUCCUCUUCUUCUUCUUUUUCGACGAUCUGGGAGCGGCGUCUUUCUAGGGUUUUAGUAGGGUUUCAACUACCUUCUUCGCUCACUACCUUCAAUGGACCCUUCUUCUCUAAACUCUGCCGAACUCCAGCACUACAUCAACAAAGAGAAAGAAAAGGCUAUGGUUAAUGAAAUGGUGGCAAAGCUUACAAGCGUGUGCUGGGACAAAUGCGUCACAAGUACUCCUGGAAGCAAGUUCAGCUCCAGCGAAUCGUCUUGCCUCUCAAACUGUGCUCAGCGCUAUCUUGAUAUGAGUCUAAUUAUCAUGAAACGCUUUCAGUCCAUGAAUUCCAUGCACUGAAGGCCGCAGACAUUGUCUCCCAUCUUCUCCCCGGAUUUAAAGAUAAUGGCUUCUAUUCAUUUCAUGUUAAACAGUUGAAAGUUUUUUGUAUUGCAGUACUACUAAAGCCUCCUGUUUUAUUUAAAUAUUUUAGCACUCAGAGAUAAGUAUACUUCUUGAUCAA